GUGAAUUUCCAGCUCAUUUCAGUUUCCUAAUGGACAAAAGUCCGGACAAAACAGUUUUCACUGAAGUGUUCAUUUUCACCCUUUCACUGAUUCUCAUCAGCUCAAUCACUUUAAGCUUUCUUAGGAGUUCCCAUUCACAUUUACCGAUUUCCUGUAUCCCCAGAAUUUCAGACAAAACCUGUGAUGUCUUCAAGGGGAAAUGGGUGCCUUAUCCACAAGGUCCUUAUUACAGUAACGAAACUUGUCGGCUGAUCGUUGACCAGCACAACUGCAUGAAGUUUGGUAGACCAGACACAGAGUUCAUGAAAUGGAGAUGGAAACCAGAUGAGUGCCAGUUGCCUCUGUUUGACGCAGCUCAGUUCUUGGAGAUUGCGAGAGGAAAAUCAAUGGCUUUUGUUGGGGAUUCAGUAGCAAGAAACCAAAUGGAAUCAUUACUCUGCCUCUUAGCUCAUUAAGCAUAUCCGGAGGAUAAAUCUCACAAUUCCAAGAGUUGGCUCUAUGCUGAUUACAACUUCACCUUAUCAGCAAUUUGGUCGCCUUUUUUGGUUAAAUCCAGGGUUGCAGACAUUAAUGGCAAUUCCAGAAAUGGCAUCUU